AUAACAUCAUACUGUAUGUACCUACCUACCUACUUCUUGCAAUUUACUUUAAAAUAAAGAUAAAUAGUAUUACUCUAUGACCUUAAAGUCUAUCGGUUAAUGUUUUAUCUAAUCUACUAGAAAAAAUAUUUAGGUGCGCAAUCUACAUAUUAUGUGAGUUAUGCGUAUUUUACUGAGAUCAAUUACUGUACUCAGAAAAGUAGUCAACGCCAGUGCUAAUAAAUCGGCGCAGUUGAAACAUCCGUUUACAACAGCAUUAGUGUGGAGAGCCAUGGAAGAUAAAGAGUCUUUGAAAAAACGUUUAACACCACUGCAGUAUCAUGUUACGCAGGAAGCGGGGACCGAGAGGCCGUUUACAGGUUGCUAUAAUAAAUGUUAUGAUGAAGGAAUGUAUGUAUGUAUAGUAUGUAGACAAGACCUCUUCAGCUCGAAAACAAAAUUUGAUUCUGGAUGUGGCUGGCCUGCAUUCAAUGAUGUUCUUGCUAAAGAAAAAGUGACACUUCACCGUGAUACUAGUGCAGUUGGCGGAAAUAUAUUACUGGUUUUAACACGACCAGGUUUGGUGCGAACCGAGGUGCGUUGUUCCAAGUGCGCCGCUCAUCUGGGCCACGUGUUUGAUGACGGGCCAGCACCCACCCGAAAACGUUUUUGUAUAAAUUCAGCAUCUUUGGACUUCAUACCCGCUGAAGAAAGGAAAGAUUAAUAUAUUUGAAUCUAAGAAUGAUAAUGACUAAAAUGUUACAUACACCUUAUAAUAUUAAUUAUUUUAUGAACAAGUGUCAUGUUUGUUGUGAAAACUUAACCAAUUACAUAGUAGGUAGGUAGGCUAAUAAGUAAUAAUAAUAUGCUGUGGUAACAUUAACAGAUAUACGAACGAAUAUUCGGACUGUUGCGAUCAAUGUCUGAUUGCGAAGAUUUCAAGGGAAUGCAAAUGGUUCUUUACAGCAUUGUUUGUACAUUACAUACAUUUAUUUUCUUUUUGUUAUACACAUUUGUACUAGUAUUUAGCCAGAGCAUCGCGAGAAUAGUAGGGCAGAGUGGUGUAAAAUUGGUCAUUAAUUAAUUCAUAUGCUAUAUCACAGGUUAUUUUAUUAACAUUAGAAAUGCACUUAAACAGAAAUACCUUUUAAUACAUGUUAAAAGAAAAAUAAUCUAACUUAAUCAAUCACACUUUACUUCGUAAAUAAGCAGUACUUCAAGAGUUAAUCAAGAUUGCCGUGAUCAUUUUCACAAAUCAUAUUUAAAUACUUCAAACUCAAACUAAGCAGAUUUUUAUACAUUGUAUUAUAUAGCAUCCUAAGUAGCGAACCUAGUUGCACAUUGCUGUUGUUGCAAUUUGUAUCUUACUCUCGACUCGGACAAUUCGAAGAAAACGGCCACUUUCUGUUGCAUAGGAGCAUCUUCAAUGGUAAGGAUACUUCGAGAUUGUUUUUGUGGCCUUCGCCACAAUCUGAAGGAUAAUGAAAGCAUCAUUAUCCUUCACCAUUGAAAAGAAUAGUUAGCAAUAUUAUUAAUUUUUGUAUACUAUAAAAUCGAAAAUUAGGCGCGGAAUGUUAUCCAUCCCAUUAAUUCGCACACUUGCACACUAUUUUCAACAUACAUAACCAUCGGGUCAUUACAGUCAUUUCUUAAAAAGUUGUUUACAUACCUUGUCACGACGUAGUUGUCAGCUGAAAUUUGAAUAUCGAACGCCAAUAAAACUUAACAUGUUUGUGAGCUAAAAUUAAUCUGGUUAUGCGAUUUUAACGCUUACACCCUCUGCUUUACAUCAACAAUGUAAACCUUUGUUACAAUUUCUGGCUGUACAAUAGGAAACAUUGAUCAAAUGUGAAAUCAAAUUUUGGAAACUUUAAAUCAAGUUUAAUAACAUAAUUACGCUCGAACUUUAGUCAUUUACCAUAAUUUACAUUCAAAUAAAAGCGGAUUGAUUGCAAUACUAGAUAGUCUAUUAUGGUAUUUUAAUAACCUAUUUAACUGAUGUACAAGUUAUGUUUAUUAUGUUCCUUUUUUUGAAAUAUAAUAAUUUUAUUUGUACUUUAAUUUACAAUUUAAUUAAAUUGGACUUCGGUUCAUGUUGUUUGGCGAUUCAUAAUCCUUAAUUUUAUGUUUCUUGCAAUCAAUUUGAUGCUCUACCAAACUGCUUACUCGAAAAAAAUAUGGAAACAAUCAAUACGAAAUACAUUGUGUAACCUUUCAACGAUAUAUUUUUUAUUUAUAUUUAUUACGAAAAUAGAAUGUAUCAACUUUAGUUUUGAAUUAAUAUUUAUAAAAUUGAUUACUCAACUAAAAUGAGUGAACAUUAUAAAACAUUGUGUUUUUUGUUGUUAAAUAAAUGUACAUACAUAUUAUAUUAACUUUUAGAUAGCUUUUGGCUAUUUAUCUUUAAAACUGUUAUAAUGUAUAACAUUAUUUUUAUUUACCUUCAUGUAACAAAUUUUUAUUUUUUGCUGCUUACUUUUUAUAACUUAGCUUAAGUCAAAUCUCCAUAAGUUAUAAUUAGAUAUUGUGCUACGUUAUUUUUAAUAUAUUUGUACCGCUGAUUAUAAAGGUUAUGGAUUGUUCGUAAAUAUCCUGAUUAUUAAUCCUUUUAGUGCUGAGCUUGUUUUCACAAAUUUUGAAGUAUUGGCUAUAGGAUUGUUGAAAAAAAGCAUCCAAUCAAAUCAAUACUAAAUUCACAGCAAAAUAAUUUUAUAUGGUUAUUUAUAAAUGUUAUUAAUUCUGUGCAAGUCGUUAUUCCGACGUUUCGCGCUCAGAGGGUUAAUAAAGCUUUUUCUGUCUAAACAAAAAAAAGCGUUGGUAAUGUGAACUACAGGCGCUUGGUCGGCUAAUGAAAAGAAAACCUCGCUAAAUGGAUACAUUUAAUCGCUAAAUCAUAAUCGACAGUCCGCUAUUCAUGUAAGAUAUCAAUAGUUUCCUGAUUAGCCGCAACCAGAUGAAUCCACAACAAAAACCAAUAGAACAAAAAAGAGGUUAUAUAAAUUUUUUUAACAAUCAAAAAUGUCCUGAAUUGGAAACACGUCGAGCGAAGUAGUUCCUACAAUCGGAGGAAUCGACCAUUACGCCGUCGGUAUCAGAUUAUGAUUCAUCAUCCGAAUAAAAAUACUUUUAUAAAAUAAAUAUUUUACU